AUGCCACACAGCGUGAAAUACGACACGGCAACCCGAGGACAUGAUCGACGGUCCGUUGCGCCCGGCGUCAUGUUCCCAAGAGUAGCUUCUCAACUUUGCAGGGACGAACGGGGCCAGCUUGAUCCAAGCAAGUCCACCCAGACCGGGAACGCCGCCCGGCAGCAGUCGCCGAUGUUGAAAGAGUGGCAAGACGAGCUUGACCCCCGGAAGCUCACCAUCAACGAAGCGCUGUUAUUCGGUCACUUGACUUGGUACGUAGGCCACGAGCCCCCCACGCGCCAAGACCACUUGUACGAUGUUAACGAUCGAAGCGCGCGAGCCGAGGUUCGCCAUGCUGAGGGCCGUCUGGGUGGCGUUGCCACGCGGCUGGCAGGGCAGCGCGUGGGAUGA